UGAAACAUUUACUCUGAUAUACAUCUCAACUUGGGUCAUUUAGUUCUUGGCAAAACACUAUUUGCAAUUUUGAGAGCUUUCCUUGAAUUGAAUCCAGAUAUCAAGUCAACAUGGCAUCGUUUCUACCAUUUGUGCUUCAGAAUCUCAACUCCUUGAUCCAAAAGGAGGUGGGCUUGCUUUGGGGUGUUGACAAGGAGAUGAAAAAGCUUUCAAGCACUCUCACCACCAUCCAGGCUGUCCUGGAAGAUGCAGAACAAAAACAAUUCCAAGACAAAGCAAUACAAAAUUGGUUGAGAAAACUCAAUGAUGCAGCCCAUGAAGUAGAAGACAUCUUGGAUGACUGCAAAACCGAAGCCCUCCAAUACGAAUCAAAAAGGCGGAGUUCUAGUUCUCUAAAGAAGGUAAUAAGCACUUCCUUAUUGACUUAUCCCGUUGAGAACAUUCUGUUCCGUCACAAGAUAGGGAAUAGGAUGAAAGAUACCAUAGAGAACUUAAAUGCAAUUGCUGAAGAGCGGAUGAAGUUUCAUUUACGUGAGGUGGUUGUGGAGAAGCGAGUUGAAUUGGCUGACAGACGUGAAACCGGCUCUGCUCUAACUCAACCACAACUGUAUGGAAGAGAAGAAGAUAAAGAAAAAAUUGUCAAAAUGUUGGUUGAGAAUAUAAGUGAUUGCCAGGAUGUUUCUGUCUACCCUAUAAUUGGCAUGGGGGGCCUAGGAAAGACCACGCUUGCCCAAAUGGUCUUCAACGAUGAGAGGGUAGAGUGCCACUUUGAGCCUAAAAUUUGGGUUUAUGUUUCUCAGGAUUUUCAUGUGAAAAGGGUGAUAGAAGCAAUAAUCAAAUCCGUAACUGGGAAAAUCUGUGAAGCCUCAAACCUAGAUUAUUUGCAGAAAAAGCUUCGAGAGAUGCUAAAUGGGAAAAGGUAUUUGCUUGUAUUAGAUGAUGUGUGGGACGAAGAUCAAGACAACUGGGAUGGGCUAAAGUAUUUACUAGCAUGUGGAUCAAAAGGCGCUGCCAUUAUCGUUACUACUCGUGUUGCAAAGGUAGCAUCAAUCAUGGGAACUGUUCCAGCACAUCACUUGUCAUUUUUAUCUGAUGAAGAUUGUUGGUUGUUGUUCAAGCAACGAGCAUUUGGACACGGGAAUGAAGAGCAUCCAAACCUUGUGGCCAUUGGGAAGGAGAUAGUGAAGAAGUGUGGGGGUGUGCCUUUAGCUGCGAAGGCCCUUGGAGGGCUAAUGCGCUUCAAAAAUGAGGAAACAGAUUGGCAUUUUGUUAAAGAAAGUGAAAUUUGGAACUUACCCCAAGACAAAAAUUCCAUCUUGCCUCUCUUAAGAUUAAGUUACUAUAGCCUUCCAUUGGAAUUGAGACGGUGUUUUGCUUACUGUGCCAUUUUUCUAAAAGGUUCUGAAAUUGAAAAGGAAAAACUCAUUCAUCUUUGGAUGGCUAAUGGCUUUAUUUCAUCCAACGGAAAAUCGGAGUUAGAAGAUAUUGGUAAUGGUAUGUGGAAUGAGUUAUAUUGGAGAUCUUUUUUCCAAGACGUGGACAAAUAUCCAUCUGGCAACAUUAUUUUCAAAAUUCAUGAUCUUAUGCACGAUCUUGCCCAAUCCGUUAUGGAAGAUGAAUGUCAUAUGAUGGAGGCUAAAAGCUCAACGAAUAUAUCAGCGCAAAGAAUUCAUCAUGUUACACUGGUUGCUGACUGUAUGCACGCAGUUGUCUUUCCUAAAGCAUUAUAUAGAGUUGAAUCCUUACAUACAAUUCUUCUACAAUAUAGACGGCCAAACAGUAUCGCUUUUGAUUUUUUUCCUUCUUCUUGUGACUUCACAAACUUUGGUUCAUUACGAGUGUUCGAUGCACUUGGCACCAACAUGUGGCAGUUGUCAUCUUCAAUUGGUAAGUUAAAACAUCUAACGUACUUGAACCUUUCUACAACUCUCAUUAGUACACUACCAAAGUCAAUUUGUAGCCUUCACAAUUUGCAGACUUUAAACCUGAAUGAGUGUUAUAAGCUUCAGAGGCUGCCCAAGAACAUGAAAUCCCUAAGAAGCCUCCGACAUCUUUAUUUGGAAGGUUGUGACAAAAUACAGGACAUGCCUCCAAAGCUUGGGCAUUUAACUCUCCUGAGGACAUUAAGUUUAUUUGUUGUGGGUAAGAGUAGAGGUCAUCGGGUAGUUGAAUUGCAAUGCUUAGAUCUUGGAGGAGAACUGUGUAUCCGUCACCUUGAGAGAGUGAGAAACUCAAUGGAUGCCAAAGAAGCCAAUUUGGUCGGAAAACAGAACCUCCGAAUCUUGAAGUUAUCAUGGGGACAUAACAGUGAAUCAGAAUCACAAGCAAAUGUUGAACAACUACUUGAAUCCCUGGAACCUCACCCAAAUGUUGAAAAGUUGGUCAUAGACAAUUACAGAGGUGCCUACUUCCCACUUUGGAUAAGGGAAUCAAUUUUUAAAAACAUAAUUUCUAUUGAGCUACGUAGCUGCAGAAACCGUUUAGUACUUCCAGCGUUUGGACAGUUGCCUUCCCUGCGACAGCUUGAUAUUUCCGAAAUGGAUUAUGUGGAGUACAUUGACAAUUACUUCCCUGGCGGAGGCCCAGUUAGAGGAUUUCCGGCUUUGGAAGAACUCCAUAUUUCUGAGUUGCCGAAUUUGGUAGGGUUGUCAAGGGAGGAAGGAAGAGAGCUACUCCCUUGUCUUCACAAGAUAAAAAUUGACAAUUGCCCAAAAUUGACCUUGCCGCGUCUUUCAUCACCAAAACUCUUGAAUGUUGCGAGUUCCAGCAACGUGGUACUAAGUUCAAUCUCAAAUCUUAAUAAUCUCACUACCCUUUCAGUUUAUGGCGGGGACAUGAUUUCUUUUCCAGAAGAGAUGUUGCAAAACCUAACUGUUCUUGAAUCAUUGAGUAUCUGGGGUUGUCAUGAGAUUGAGUCUUUGCCAGAUCAUGGGUUACGAAGCCUAAAGUCUCUCCAACGUCUGACGAUUGACCACUGCUAUAAAUUGAGUUAUUUAUCUGAGAGUUUGGGACACCUCACUGCCUUGGAGGAAUUGAAUGUUAGUGGGUGUCCCAAGCUAGUGACUUUGCCAGACAGCAUUAAACAUCUUGUUUCUCUUCGACACCUAGACAUUUGUGGUCAUCCCAGAUCCAUGUAUUCAAAUGAUCUUGUUAUUUGUGCAGAGUUGAAGACUUUGCCCGAAGCAUUGAAACAUGUCCCUGCACUUCAAUCUCUAUCUAUUUGUGAUUAUCCAGAGCUCACAUCACUGCCUGAAUGGUUGGGAGACCUUACGUCACUUCAAUCGUUGUACAUUAGUGGCAGUCCCACGAUUCCAUCACUUCCACAUGGCUUUCAAAGGCUAACCAACCUCCAAACUUUGAGCAUUUAUGGAUGCUGUCCUGAAUUGGUAAGGCGAUGUCAAAAGGAAAAGGGGGAGGAUUGGUAUAAGAUAGCACAUAUUCCAAAAAUCAAUCUGGAUGACAUUAACGAGAUUGGGCGCAUUGAGUCCUCCAUGAUUCAGCGAUUCAGGUGCUGCUAGGCUUUCGGGUCACAAUGACAGUAGCAUGAUAGCUGCAAGUUUUGAAGUGGUUGUAGCAUUGGAUACAUUGCUGGCGGGGAAUAUAUUGGGCUGCUUAUUAUAGGUCUGAGGUUGGGUAACCGGAGGUGGUUUCAUUCAGCUGUUCUGUUCUCAGACUCCCUCUUGUUAAUUUCUCUUCUGCGAAAUAAAGAUUAAAUGCAGGUCUUAUUGGGCUAUGUAUAAUAAUAUUAGUGUGCGAUGGACACUGGGUGCUCUAGCCUUCUGAGGUUAGAGGGUUAGAGCCUCCUAUCAUGACCACUAUUUUUUUGAGCGAUGGUUUGAAGUUCAAUUUCUGUUAUAAUUUUAUAUUCUUUCACUAGUGUUAUGUAGUAUGUAUUUUGUGUUGAUUAUGUGAGUUUACUCUUG